AUGGAAGCAGCUAGGUUAAUAGACCAAUUUCCAUGCUUGGUAAUUCGCGGUAUAUGCGACUACGCGGAUUCCCACAAGAAUAAGCAGUGGCAGGGCUAUACGGCUAUAGCGGCGGCUGCAUAUGCGAAGGAUCUUCUAUGCAGAAUUCCGCUAGAGAGCGUUGUGGCUAAGAAGAAAAUCGGCGAUAUUCUAUCCGGCAUUUAUAAAUUCGUAAAGAAGCAGCUAGUUAUUACGAAGGAGCAGCUUAAAGCCUAA